GCCGGGCGUCGGACCCGACAGAGAACAACGCAAAGCCCCGCCCAUUUUCCCCUCCCCCCUCAAGGCCAACCGUCCAACACCAAGCGCACCCAUUGGCUGCCCGGCCCGGCCCCGCUUAGGCUCUGUCCAAUAGGCAGGAGGGAAUCGGGAUGGGAGCUCGGGCAGCGUCAUGGCGGAUCGGCUAACGCAACUGCAGGACGCGGUGAACUCGCUUGCAGAUCAGUUUUGUAAUGCGAUUGGGGUAUUGCAGCAGUGUGGCCCACCUGCCUCCUUCAGUAACAUUCAGACAGCGAUAAACAAAGACCAGCCAGCUAAUCCUACAGAAGAAUAUGCUCAGUUGUUUGCGGCAUUGAUUGCACGAACUGCUAAGGAUAUUGAUGUUUUAAUAGAUUCAUUACCUAGUGAAGAAUCAACAGCAGCUUUGCAGGCUGCUAGUCUGUAUCGGUUAGAGGAGGAAAACCAUGAAGCAGCUGCCCGUCUGGAAGAGGUUGUUUAUCGUGGGGAUAUGCUACUAGAAAAGAUACAGAGUGCCCUAGCAGAUAUUGCUCAAUCACAGCUGAAGACCAGAAGUGGUACUCAUAGCCAACCUGUUCCAGAUUCAUAGCAGCAGGGGGCAGCAUUUUGCUGCAAAAAUGAACUAUUAGAUUGUGAAUAAAAUCAUAUUUUUGAAAACAAAGUUCUGUAUCAAACACAAUAAUAUUGAGCCAUACUGUUGUGUAAAUAUUUUGAGUGCACUGAUUAUGGUAAAAGCAUGUCACUUGUCAAAGCCUAAAAGUCUUGUUAUAUAGUCUCAAGUUUGGCAUGGAAAGCAUUUAUAAACUAAGAAUUGGUGUUCGUGUUGCUCCAGCACUGCACAUUUAAUGUGUUUCCUUUAUUUCAAAAUACUACUUUUUUUGGUAAGUUUAGCUUCUCUUCUGCAUAGAUUUGUAUCUGAUGAGCGGUCAUCUUCACAAUGUAAAUUUGUAUAUUCCUACUGGGCAAUAAGGGAAAAUUCUUUCUCAGCAUAUUUUUGGUAACCUCCCUUUCCUCUAAAUCUUCAAGAUUAGGGUGUCUUAUUUUAUUGUGAGGCUUUUACAGGAAAUUGUGCUUCACUGUGCAGAGUUCUUUGAGCAAAGUACUGUGCAUUCUGAGGUUGUUCGAGUGCUCACCUCUUGCAUUGCUAUAUAUACUGUUUAAUUACCAUUUCUGCUGUGACAGUUUGGCAAACUUAUUAUUUGACUGUAUUUUAUCUUCUUUGGCUGCAAGCUAGUAUGCAGUUUUCUUGCCAGCUGCAUCCUGUUAAUACUUAAAGAGCCAAAGCCAAGAUCAGGUGUCUGUCAAAUUUGUGGUUCACAAAUGGGACUGUGGAGCAGUAGUGGUUCUUGAUGCACUUGCUGGUUCCCUGCAGGCUGCUAGCAGGUCUUAUGGAAUUGGCUCUACCCCUUUGCUUCUGGUUGCUUCUACAGAUGCCAGGUGUCUCAUGGCAAAGCCUGUGCCUGUAAAAGUAGAUGCUACUGAGAGGAGCUGCUGGUUGUAAUUGCAUCAGAGGAAUUGGAGAAGAAACAAAAGGUGUCCAGUAGGGAUAGAAGCCAGCGAUGGAAGAGCUGAAGCUAACUUCUUUUCUAAUAUUGCUCUUCUGUGUAAGCAGUUGCUGUAGCCACUGCAUGGAUGUUGUGUGAAUGUAAAUAUGAAAGGGGUAGUCCCUGAGAUAUUCAAGAGUUCUUCCAUACUGAAAAAAAUUGUGCCCCAAUGAUGUGAAUUAAAAAUAUAGAAAAUUUGGCUCACUUCAAACCCCACAAGCUUUUAGAGAUGUUUGGAUCAAUAUUUGAACUUUGUGGCAUAGUACUGGAGUAUACCCUUCUCCCUUAGCAGUCUAAAAGUUUUACUUUGGCCUUGAAGAUAGACUGGCUUUUCUCGGAGUCUGUGUGCAUAUAGUCUACUUAUUUGCCUGAUUCAAAUUGUUUAUCUGUAUGUACUGGGCAAAUUUCCCUCAUGUACAUGGAAUUGUUACGCUUCUAUUGUGUUCAGCUGAUCUGAAACAAUUUGAACUUGUUUUUUGGCAACCUACCACUGGCAAUGCAUUCAAGGAGCUAUACACCCAUUAAAUUGUGCUGUAAAAAGAAGAGUUGAGUAGGUCAUGGGACACACCUUGUACGCUUACCACUGUAACAGUCUGCUGUUCUAAAGAGGACUUUCACAAUAUAAUUACUUACAAAGUGGUAAGCACUGCUAGUUGUUGCUAAAAUGGAAAUGUGCCAUUUAAGUGUGAUUAAAUCCUAAACUUCACCUGCUAUUGUGAGACUCCUGCAGUACCUACAUACAAGGAAGAAGGGAAACAUGGUUUAUUACUUCAUAUAGAAGUGGGGCCCAUGCUGUGCCAUAGGUUUCUUUUGUCUCUUGGUAAAUCACUAGAGUUCAGUCUGUCACAACUAUGUACUAAUUUUGGGAGCUGACUCUGAGGGUCUGACUUUUUUUUCUUUUUUAAAAUACAUGUCAGACACCAACUGCAAUUGAAGUCCUAGGAGCUGUGCUCAGUAUAUCUAAAAAAACAUGCUCGUGUCUCAAGUUGUGUGACCUGAAAGUGAGGUACCAAAAUUAGUGAACACUUGGAGCUAGCUGUCUGUUUUCCCAUCUGUAAGAUGGAGAAAAUUUCCCAAUCUCACAGGAGUUUUGAGGAUUAAUAUAUUGCUAUAGGAGUUCAACAGAGUAGAGAUGGAUUAAAUAGCACUCAAAUGGAUUCCCUAUCUACAUUUUAAUCUCUGUAGUUGCACAAUGGCACUAAUAUCUGUCUUGUCAGCUGUUAACUUGCCAGAAGUAAACCCAAGCUCAAUAUUUCUUAACCAUUCAGAAGUUCUCUUUGCAUGAUUACUAUAGAGUUACACCAUCCUUGUAUAUUCAGUUUUGUACUCUUUUUGUUGGAAUAUUAGGAAGUUGCUACUGCUGGAAUUCCAGAUUUCCUUGUUUAAAACGUUGCCUUAGUGUAGCAUUUUCUUCGUGCUUGCUGCUUACUCUACUAUAAAGGUGGCCGGCACAUUAACAUACUAAAGUGUGUACUAGUGUCAGAGCAGCUAUUUCUGUUCUACAUCUGAAGAACUUUAACUCUUAUGCUGGUGUGAAGUAGGGAAUGCACACUGUUUGUGUCUCCCCUUGAUGUCUAGUUCAGCAUUUCUAUUAAAAUGUCAACAUUUGGUUAUGGACAAUGUAAUAAAAAUAAAACAAACAAAGCAAGGAAA